ACUAAUAGAUGUAGAACUUCUUCACUGAAACUUAAUAAAGCAUGUUCUUUUUUCUUUUCUUUUUUAAUAUUUUUGUAGAAACGGUCUACGGCUGGUAAAGCAAAUAGGGGUAUGCUCCCCUAUAAUCAUACAAGUGGAUCGCGAUCAUUUCCUAUAGCAAUGUCGCUAAUGGCAAAUGAGGAUGGGGAUAUAGAUUUCCCCGAAUUUUAUAAGAAAGCACACAAGUCUAAGAAGACGGGAGAUUGGAUUGACCCCAAAUGUGGUGAGCUACAUGAUGAUAUGGUGAAUCUACAACUAACAGCCACCAAUGCGGGCUUGACAUUGACCCACGAAGAAAUAUCAAGGCAAGUGCUUGGGGAAAAAAAAAAUUACUUGCGUGGAUGUGGGAUAGGCCCACAACCCUCUUCCACAGCCUCUAGUGCGGCACGAGCACGUGAUAAACAUAUGGAGUCAAUGAGAGUGGAACUGGAGGUUCUUCGUGAGCAGCGUCAAAGUGAUCACGAGGAGUUGCUGAAGGAGAAAGAGGAGCGGCAAAGGUUGGCACUGCAAGUUGUACAAAAAAUAUGGAUCAUAUUUUCAUAG